AAGAUAUAAAAAAUCGUAAAAACUACCAGGGAUUAGAUUGUGAUAUAGAACAUUAAAAUUAGCUGUCUUCGUGUAAAAAUAACAGGAUUAAUUGAGAAAGUGAAUGUAUUCAAAUGUAACCAGAGUAUAUAGGAUCUUGAGAACGGGAGCAUGUAAAUAUGUUAACUUUACGUGUGAUGUAUCAUUUUCGUUUUUUUACUCCUACACGUUAGCUGGUUGUCUAAAAGUAUGUAUUCAAAAGAAUAACACCUUUGUGGAUAUUAACGGAUAUUAUUUGCAAUAAGAUGAUGCUUCUCCAGGAGGUGACUCUCUUAUGCAUUCUAGCAGCUCAUUGUAUUACGUCAACUUCAAUUUACCGAGACAAGAGGCAAGCAGAGCCAUCUAUAAUCUGGUCAUGUGACUUUGAGGUUGAUAUAUGUGGGAUGAAGCAUGACGUGGCCCAGGUAGAAUGGAGGAGACACAAUGGGAGGACAGAGACAGAUCUUACUGGGCCCAGUAUAGACCAUACUUUUCGGACGAAUGAAGGGCAUUACAUCUAUUUCGAGUCCUCAGCUCCGACUAUCACUGGAGACAAAGCAAGAAUAUUAAUUGAAAUGGAGAACACCGACCAGGAGCAUUGUCUAAUAUUUUACUAUCAUAUGUACGGUGAAGGUAUAGGGACCUUCAAUGUCGAACUUUUGACAGGCAGUAGUAUAGAGACGGUGUUUUCAAUUACAGGAAACCAGGGUGACAUUUGGCACAAUAGAGCUAUCAACCUGCCCAGUGGUUUUUACCUUACUUUCGAAUCAAUAAAAUCAUCACGUGAUCAACCAGACAAGGGUGAUAUUGGUCUAGAUGAUAUCUCAAUCAGUGCAGGGAAAUGUCCUCCACAAGACAACAUUACUAGUGACAUAACAAUUGAUGUAUGGGGCUGUGACUUUGAAAAAGGUAGUUGGGAUGAUCCUAGUGACAGCGAUGGAUGUGGAAUUUCAUAUGCAGGAAUGGUGCAGUUGGAAUCAGACGAUUUUGACUUCUCACGUUCUGAUAAGACAACUCCUUCUGGCCAUACAGGACCAAAGGAAGGUGGAAGUGAUGGAGGAUACUUUGUGUAUACGGAGUCUUCCCCACCACAUAGCGACCUCGAUCGUGAUAGAAGAUCUGAGUAUGCGACUAUUCGGUCCCCUUUGUUCAGUGGCAAUGGUCCGUUCACAUUGUCCUUUAUGUACCACACACGAGGACAACUCAUUGGAGGAUUGGAAGUAAAUGCUCUAAAUCGUGGUCUUCAACAAAUUGAAUUUUUUUAUCCAAAGCUGGACAUGAAACCAUCUAGCAUGUGGAAGAAAGCUCUGAUAAAACUGCCCGACGGAACAGCGGCUAUUGAGUUUAACAUUACCCUCCCAGAUGACCCGAAAUUUUGGUCUUCUGAUAUUGCACUUGAUGAGAUUCUUGUCACAAAAGAGAGUGAUGCUCUUACAAAACCAACCACAAGAACAUCACAUAUAACGUCCACACAGUUCACAAGUACAGGUACAACACAAUCAUCAGCGGAUGCCACCUUUCUAUCAACAAGUACUGCACCAACAAAAACAUUGACAACUGAAGUCAGUUCUAAUGCAUCAACAGAAGUAGUAUCAAUACCACAACUAACGAAGACCACAACAACACAGACACUAAUGCCAGCAACUACAGCUUCACAACUGACCAACACAACAACACAGCAACCAUUGACAUUAGCAACGUUAACCUCACAGCGAAAAAUAAUAUCAACAGAAGCAGCGACAACAUUGCCGACAACAACAAAAAAGCCAGUAACUACGGAGGAGUUUGGUGAAGAUAGCUCGAUGUCCAUUUUAUGGUACUGCACGUUUGAGACGAAAGGUUGGGACGAUGUUUCAAAUAAAGAUGGAUGUGGCCUUGGCCAAAGGGGAAUGAAACAGCUUGUAACGGACAAUUUCAAUUUUACUCGGACAAAUAGGGCAACCCCUUCUCCUCACACUGGGCCUGCUAUUGGAAGUGACGGAGGCUAUUAUGUGUAUACAGAAUCUUCGCCCACAAAGAAUAGUCCUGAUCAACGGAACGCAGUGGCAGAAAUACAGACACCAAAUUUGUAUAGCACCAUUACAAAGUAUUUGUCAUUUAGAUACCAUACCCGAGGUUAUCUAAUAGGAACGUUAAAUGUCAUACCUAUUUCGUCAAACUCGUCGAAGCUUCAGUUCGAAGAUGCAAUCUCCGAACUUUCAAUGGAGUCCUCAAAGGGAUGGAAACACUUUGAACAAGUAAAACUACCAGAAGGAACAGCCGCUGUUAUAUUUUCUGUCAGGCUCCCUGAUGAUGAACGGUUUUGGUCAUCAGAUAUUGGACUUGAUGAAAUAUACAUACGAUACAUACCAGUUCCAGGAAUGAGCACACUUGGAACGACAACGAGAUCUCCAGACGCCGACCGCAUGAGAAGACAGGUCAUGUGGUAUUGUGCGUUUGAAUUCCCAGGGUGGGAUAAUGGAUUAGAUAAUAACGGGUGUGGUGCUGGCCAGCGUGGGAUGUCCCAAAUACUAAGUGGACAUGGUCACAGUUAUGGUGAUGAUUUUGAUUUCACUAGAACUAACAGAAAUACCCCAUCCGGACAUACAGGACCAUCUAUUGGGAGUGAUGGAGGAUACUUUGUUUACACGGAAUCCUCUCCUUCAAACACUAGAAACGACAGAAGUAAUGAAAUGGCAAUAAUUAGAACACCAACACUCCAUGGUCCAGUUAUUAAAUAUUUAUCAUUCAAGUAUCAUACACGUGGAAGACUAUUAGGCAGUCUAAACAUCAAUAUAGUAAGAUCCCAAGACGAUCCCAUAUUUUUUCCUAUCCCAAACUUAAACAUGGACUCGUCAGACCGGUGGAAGUCUGUGGAUGACGUCAGACUGCCUGAUGGAACAACCAAUGUUGAAUUCAACGUCACGCUUCCAAACGAUCCAUCUAAAUUUUGGUCGUCGGACAUUGGACUCGAUGAGAUUUACAUUACAUACGACGCAGAACUUACUACCAAAAACAUGUUGAGCAAGACUGAUGGCUCUUUGACAACAAAUGAAACAUCACCAAUGGAAUUCCCUACCACUAUAUCAACAGUUCAAUCACAAGCAGAAAAAGUUAACCAUACAGUCGAGGCAUUUGGACAGACAACAACUACAUCAGAACCUACAAUGGGAUCAUCAUCAGUUGAUAUUGGCUAUUUGAAUGUCACGGCUAGCCAGACAACAUUCCGAACUGAAUCCUCAUCAAACCAAACCAAGCAGAAUCUGACUGAAUCUAUAUUGGCUACAAAGGGUCCUCUCAAUGUCACGACUAAAGCAGAAAUUACACACGGCCCUAUGAGUACUGAGCAUUCAUCAGUUACAAGAGAUUCUUUUAAUGCUUCCACUAAAACAGAAAUUACACAUGGCCCUAUGAGUACUGAACAGUCACUGGUUACCAGAGAUUCUUUAAAUGACACGGCUAAAGCAAAAAUUACCCACGGCCCUAUAAGUACUGAACCUUCACUGGUUACAAGAGAUUCGUUUAAUGCUUCAGCUACAGCUGAAAUUACCCAUGGACCUAUCAGUACGCAUGCUUCAUCGGUUACAGAAGAUUCGUCCAAUGCUACCGUAAUACCUGUCAGUACUGAACCAACAAUUUCCUCAACAGAUCCUCACAGCACCACGUAUAUACCUACAUCAAUUGCAAGAAGUGUUUCCAAUAAAACCGUUUCAGGAGAAAUGAAAUUAACAACUGGGUCAACUUCUGAAUCGGUUACAUCAGCAUUGCCAACAAUUCAACCAGGAACAACAGAACAACAAACUGUUACAGCUGAGAGUUCCCAUAUUAAUCAGUUUUAUUGUGACUUCGAACACGGCAUAUGUGGCCUGGUUGGUGGCAAAUAUAGCAAUUUCACUUGGACAAGACAAUCUGGUAGCACACCCAGUAAAAGUACUGGUCCGUUAGGUGACAAUACAUACAGAUGUGGUUCCUAUAUGUAUGUGGAGGCUUCAACUCCUAGGAUCAAAGGUGAUAUAGCAAUUCUCGAGACCCCUGUAAUGUAUCACGUGUCCGAACAAACUCCGGCGUGUUUACGCAUGUUCUACUAUAUGUUUGGCGCAGAUAUAGGGACAUUAAGUGUUAGGGCUAGUGAUGGAACUGUGUUAUUUUCAAAAUCAGAUGAAGUAGGAGAUGAAUGGAUUGAGCUUAAAAUUCAGCUGCCGCCUGGUACAUAUAGUAUACUUAUACAAGGUGAAGUCGGGAAUGGAUAUCGAGGUGAUAUAGCCAUCGAUGACUUAUCUAUACUCUCUGGAUACUGCAACAAUCUAAAUGGUACAAUCAACAUGACUGAACACUCCGUGAAACCACGCAACCCCGAUGAACUGUUCAGGUGCAGUUUUGAAGAGGGUGAGACUGACUGUGAACAACUGAAUAUAAGAAAGGAUGCAGCUAGAGGGUCUCAAACGUGGAGAAUUGGUUCUGGUGAAAGUGACUUUAAAAACACAGGACCAUCACGAGACGCAACAUUUGAUACAUGCAUAGGCCACUACAUUUAUACAGACACCAUGAGUGGUACUUUAUUUAACCUAACGUUACCAACUUUCACUGAAAACACUAUUCUACACUUCAAAUACCACAUGUAUGGAGCACACAUUGGUACAUUGAAAGUGAUAUCCGGGAUAGGGGCAGCACAACAGAAAGUCUGGCAUAAAUCAGGAAACAGUGGGGAUAAUUGGAUACAGAAAAGCGGACGCUUCAUGGCUAAUGUCCAAGUUUAUAUCAUUGCUGAGACGUCAUGGGAAUCAUUUGGGGAGAUAGCAAUUGACGAUUUGAUUAUUAAACGUGUGAUAACUUAAAACUCUUAAAACUGUUACCUCAGUAAUGACACUACUCGCGCUGUAUAAAAAUGGCAUUUAUAUUUAUAUUUUUCAACCUAUAUGGGAAUAUACGUGUACCUCCAUGGUAGCAAUGAGGUGGUGUUGAGGAAUGGAACACUCUCUUGUAUUUUUUAAUAGGUGUACAGAACAGAUAUGUGAUUGGUGUAUGUAUUACCAUAAGACU